AUGACAUUGGAAAUGGUAAUGGAUUUGUCAACGGGAACGGUGCUUGCUGUUAACGGGAACGGAUAUGCCAAUGGAAAUGGUAAUGGAUUUGUCAACGGCAACGGCAUGGUAACGGGAACGGGUACUACAACGGCAUCGUGGAUUUAUCAGCGCCCUUCUUUGAUGCUAUUGGAAGUGGCGGCGUCCCCGGCGUGGACUAUCCAUCUGGCUUCUGUCCCCUUCACUGGAUUCUCCUGCGGCGGACUAAUACCCGGAUACUACGCUGAUACUGCCCCGGGGCCGGCUGUCAGAUGGCAGGAGCACGACUCCUUCCUGUGUCCCAACGGCACCAUCUUCAACCAGCAGUUCUUCGUGUGUGACUGGUGGUACAACUUCGACUGUUCCACCGCCCACAGUUCUACAGUCUCAACGCUCAGAUCCGGGUGGUCAACGGUAAUGGCAACGGAUACUCCAACGGCAUCGUCAAUGGCAUUAUUAACGGUAGCAGGAUUUGCGGUAACGGAGCAAAUGGCAAUGGUGCAAAGAAAUGGAAAUGGACUCAUCAAUGGCAAUGGCAACGGUAAUGGAAUUAAUGGCAGCGGAAAUGGUAAUGGUCUUAUUAACGGCAGCGGUAACGGAUACUCUAACGGUAACGGAAUAAGCGGAAAUGGAAACGGAUACACCAACGGUAAUGGAAACGGUAACGGAUACGCCAAUGCUUAG